CGGACGCGUCCUGAUCUCCGAAUAUCUAUCGAUCGGGCUUCUAGUACGCGCACCUUAGCUCAGGACCCCGACGGAGCCAAAGAUGGAGAACCGCAUUCGCGCUGGUCCACUUCUCCUGAAGUAACGAAAAUUGCUCCUUGGAUGGGCAUGCUCUCUCCUACUCGUCGCAGUUACGAUCAUGGUCCUCCGCCGAAUCGAACUAUGCGCCAGGACGUCCGAAGCAUCCCCGCUGAUGUGAACUCUGUGUACGAAAGUUCUGCCGUCCACGUUGGGCACGCCCCCCUUGCGCCGCCCCUGCAUCACGGUUUCACCGGUAUAUUAAGGUCGAAUAUCCAGGCUCCUUCAACCCUAGCUCCCCCUCAAGAUCGCCAUCGACGUUCAUCAUCCGUCCCUGCGUGGAAAAUGUCAGCUCCAGCAGCUUCAUCGGUCACUCCAGUAACCCGAUUCUUGACUUCCCACUCUGCUCGACGGUCGUCCAACGUCGAUCCGUUUGCGACUCCUUUUGACGACGAACAUCAA